AUGGCACCUAAACGACAGGAACAUACUGGUCAACCAUGUUUUGUUUUGUUCAUGCUGAUUGCUAUGCUCUACUUCGCUGCUCCUGAAAACAUUGAUAUCUGCAGAGACUGCUCAUGUUUUGGUGCAUUACAACACGUAUCCUGCAAAGGGGUGUUCCGGGUAGGGGCUCAGCUAAAACACACUUUUGAAGAUGUAGCCUUCCGUGGCCUCGAUCUUAAUAUACCACAUUCGAAAUUAUCACCUGAUCUUUUCCAGAAUCGGACAGGCAUCAUCUAUCUCGAUUUAAGGGAAAACGGUUUCAAGUUUAUCGAUGAUUGGCUGUUUACGAUCCUCCGCCAGGUGAAAUACCUUACUCUAUCCCACAACGCCCUCACGGCCAUUCCCGUGUUUCACAAUCUCACGUCACUACAAGAACUCUACUUGAGGUUCAACAAUAUUCGCAGCAUUGGUAGUAACCUGAAGGCCCAUGCUCCAAAACUAAAUGGGCUUAUGCUGGAUCACAACAAGAUCACGUUUAUCCAAGGCGAUCAGUUUCCAGAGAAACUACGAACCCUCGGCCUGAGCUUUAACAGAAUUACGUCCAUCGACAGGGGCUCACUCUCGGGUCUCCUGCAGUUAAAGAGAGUAGAUCUUACAAGUAACCUGAUCUCGCAGAUAUCGAGCGGUUCUUUCUUGUUGCCUGGUUUAGAAACUGUGAUCCUAAAUGAGAACAGGAUCCGUGAAAUCUUCAGGGAUGCCUUCAAUCCAGAGCUUGACAACAUAUAUCUCAACAACAACAUACUUUCUGAACUUGGUAACAUCAGCGGCAUCCCUUCAUUAAAAGGUUUGUUUGUCUCGUAUCAGAGUGAGGUCAUCAAACUGCAGGAAAUCCCACUUCUCGAAAAUCUCACAGAACUGACAAUUACUGUGGAAAGUUCUCCCGAUCUUUCCGAUGGGAUAGCAAGGAUACUGACCAAGAUGCCUAGGCUGCAGAUUCUUUCAGUUGUCGAAGGGGAAAUGGAUGAAACCACGGUAGCGGUAUACUUUAUCAACAUAUCGAUUGUAGAAGAAUACAAUGGUAACAGGAACAGAGUGUACCACACACAGUUGAGAUAUCUUCACUAUCAAAAGUCCGGUCUUGUUGAACUUCCUCAAGUCUUUGCUCCCUUGAUGAUCAGCUUGGAUGUCUCUGGCAAUCUGUUGGAAGAACUUAAACUGAAGGACUUAACCAAGCUAUAUCCUAGGUUAUAUACCCUUGAUCUCUCAAACAAUCGCAUCAGGGUUCUCUCCAGUUGCGAUGUGAGCGGCGUAUCACAUCCUCUGAAGGUCCUGAUCCUCAAAGGCAACAACCUUUGGUUGUUCUCUGCCUGGAGGUGUGGAAAUGGUUACAAGAUCCUGACAAAUCUCUCAACACUGAACCUGGAUGACAACAGGCUAUCAUAUUUGGAACGUGAAAUCAUCCCUAGGUCCUCCUCCGAUCAAGCGCCUUUCAGGACAUUCGUAAGUGCGGGAGACAGCACACUAAUCUGUGACUACCACCAGCGUUGGUUAGUGAAAGUGGAGGACAGUAUCAGCUUUGUUAAUACCAAGUGCUCUGCACCAGAGGGACAUGCUGGCAAACGUCUGUCGGACCUACUGAAAGAUGGUUUCCCUUGUCCGUUGUCUGUGUUGGAAGAGCAAGCCUGUGCAAUAUCGAACACCUCGGAGAUUUUAGUUUAG